UUGAUUGAGGAGUCCAGGAAGUCGAUCGAGGCAUCAAGAAAGUCGAUCUAGGAGUCCAGGAAGUCGGUCGAGGAGUCCAGGAAUUAAAAGUGAUGCAAGAGGCACAUGUGAAAGCCGAGGAACGUCAGAAGUUCCUUCAAUGGAUGAGCCCAGCACCUUGUGCUGAAAAGCACGAUAUCUCCCGUCGCCAGCGCAACGCCGCCACCGGUCGUUGGAUUUUCCAGGCCGAGCAGUACAAGACCUGGAAUUCAUCUGAUCAUGCAUUCCUAUGGUUGAACGGCCAGCCUGGGAGCGGAAAGACCAUCCUUGCGUGAGUUUCGACACGUUUGGAGUGCUUUUGGAGAGCAUCGA